AUGCCCGCUACCCCAAAGAUGUCCCAAACUCACCCCACUCCUGACAAAAUCCGUCGGUUCGAUGGAUACGAAGCUAAAUUUACUGCACUGGAAGCUAUCAUACAAGAUUGGAUUAUAUUAAAAGUUCCAACUUUGGGACUUGAAAACAAACUUUCAGAUCAAGCCGCAAUGUUCGUUAAUCUACAACUCCAGCCUAAAAACAAAAAAGAACCUAAUUCCAGCACUGAUGUCGAUCAACUUAGUGAUCUGGCAAGUAAUGGAAGCAUCUGCAGUGAGCCACCACCCCCUUCGUCGGCUCUUUACACUAUCAGGGCCGCUUCCAGGCCGAAAGACUCCCCCGGUAAGCCUGGUUUAACCAUGGCCCAAAAGGUUGCUAUCAAUUCCAGCAAGCUCCCACCAAACACAACGAUCACUAGCGCUAAAACCUACAUGCGUUUCAAGUUAGCUGGUGUCGAUACAGGUUGUAUCAUCGAUAUCAUUUUUCCUGCCAAUGGUAUUAUUAGUGCUCUUAUAAACGAGUUGUAUACUCCUAUAUUCACCAACAUUAUAAACGUAUCCAACGUCAAUGCCACCAAGGUUUUUGAUCCUCUAGAUCCCGCGCAUCUCGCCAAUCCACUGUCCUUUCGACACCAACGAGACGACGCAAUAAAGUAUCUUUGUCCGGUAAUUGUCUGGUCAAAAUUAAACUCUAUAAUUAUCCUAACAAAACAAAUUUUCACGCGGCUAUUGUGGAUGAAAGAAUUCCGGUCCGUUAUCCGUCAAGAUCCAAUACGUUUGCGUACUCUGGUCCGUUAUCCCUCGAAAUCCGUUGACUUCAGGGUACUCCGGUCCGUUAUCCUUCAAAAUCCGUUGACUUCAGAGUACUCCGGUCCGUUAUCCGUCGUUAUGCGAUACCUCCGAAAUUUCAGGUCGUUAAUCGGGCUAAAAGCUUUUCAUAAAAAAUUCAAAUGCUGCUCUAAUGGUAUGAGUGCUUUAGAGACUAGUUCUAGUACUGGUGUAUACCCACUUGGUUUUAUGAGUGCGCCGCGUUGUCCGUCCGCCAAAGAUAACAAGCUGGAAUGUCGACUAUGUAUUUAUGAUAGUAACAAAAACAUGAGUUGA